AAAGCGAAACCGCGAGUUAAAAGAGGAAGAAAACUACAAGCCCAAACUGUGUACGGUGGUGACGUGUCGAAUACGAUAUAAAUAGCGUACAGUUUCGCCAUUUUUGACUCAUAGUCCUCACCCCAUAGGGCGGGAACCACACUUUUCAGCAGAACAGAAGAGAACUACCUCAACCUCAUGCCUGAACCAAUCAUGAGUCUGCGCCAUGGCACUAAGGUUUGGGUUCACGACAGGGAUUUGGCGUGGAUUCCAGCUGAAGUAGUCGAAUCUUCAGGAAACAAUGUUACCGUUGCCACUGCUUCUGGCAAUAAGGUUAUUGCUCUUUCGCAGAACGUGUUUCCCAGGGACGCGGACGAAGAUGAGCAUGGUGGAGUGGAAGAUAUGACGAGGUUGGCUUACUUGAAUGAGCCAGGAGUGUUGUACAAUCUCCGCAGGAGAUAUGCGCUAAAUGAUAUCUAUACUUAUACAGGGAGCAUUUUAAUAGCUGUUAAUCCAUUCACAAAGCUUCCUCAUCUGUAUGAUAUUCAUAUGAUGGAGCAGUAUAAGGGAACUCCAUUUGGUGAGCUUAGUCCACAUGUAUAUGCUGUUGCUGAUGCUUCUUAUAGAGCUAUGAUGAAUGGAGGUCAAAGCCAAUCUAUCUUGGUUAGUGGUGAAAGUGGUGCAGGGAAAACAGAGACUACAAAAUUGAUUAUGCAAUAUCUUACCUUUGUUGGUGGGCGUGCUGCUGGUGAUGACAGAACAGUUGAACAACAAGUUCUUGAAUCGAAUCCACUCUUAGAGGCAUUUGGCAAUGCAAGGACUGUUAGGAAUGACAAUUCAAGCCGUUUUGGGAAGUUUGUUGAAAUUCAAUUUGAUUCAAAUGGUAGAAUAUCUGGUGCUGCAAUUAGAACUUACUUGCUAGAAAGAUCACGAGUAGUACAGAUAACAGAUCCAGAACGAAAUUAUCACUGCUUUUAUCAGUUGUGUGCAUCUGAAAGGGAUGUAGAGAAGUAUAAGUUGGGACAUCCACGUCACUUCCACUAUUUGAAUCAAAGUAAAGUCUAUGAAUUAGAUGGCAUAAACAGUGCUGAAGAGUACAUGAAAACGAGAAGAGCAAUGGAUAUUGUUGGCAUAAGUCAUGAGGAUCAGGAAGCCAUAUUUUGCACCUUGGCUGCAAUUUUACAUUUGGGAAACAUUGAAUUUUCUCCUGGUAAAGAGCAUGACUCAUCAGUACUAAAAGAUGAUAAAUCAAGAUUUCAUUUGCAGAUGGCUGCCAAUCUUUUCAGGUGUGAUUUGGACCUACUUCUUGCAACAUUAUGUACGCGUUCAAUACAAACCCGAGAAGGAAAUAUUGUCAAAGCUCUUGAUUGUAAUGCUGCUGUUGCUGGUCGGGAUGCUUUGGCAAAAACUGUCUAUGCUCGUUUAUUUGAUUGGCUUGUUGAUAAGAUCAAUAGUUCCGUGGGCCAAGAUAUCAAUUCCCAGAUGCAAAUAGGAGUUUUGGAUAUUUAUGGUUUUGAAUGUUUUAAGGAUAAUAGUUUUGAGCAAUUCUGCAUCAAUUUUGCAAAUGAAAAGCUUCAGCAACAUUUUAAUCAGCAUGUUUUCAAGAUGGAGCAGGAGGAAUACACCAAAGAAGAAAUUAACUGGAGCUACAUUGAAUUUAUAGACAACCAAGAUGUUUUAGAUUUGAUUGAAAAGAAACCCAUUGGGGUCAUUGCUCUGUUAGAUGAAGCUUGCAUGUUUCCAAAAUCAACGCAUGAAACAUUCUCUACCAAGUUGUUUAAACACUUCCUGUCACACCCUAGGUUAGAAAAGGAGAAGUUUUCAGAAACAGAUUUUACCCUUUCUCAUUAUGCUGGAAAGGUCACCUACCAUACAGAGACGUUCUUAGACAAAAAUCGUGAUUAUGUAGUGUUAGAACAUUGUAAUCUAUUAUCCUCUUCAAAGUUGCCAUUCGUGUCGGCUCUUUUUCCUUUGCUAACAGAGGAAUCUUCAAGGUCAUCAUACAAGUUUUCUUCUGUGGCUUCCAGAUUUAAGCAACAACUGCAAGCACUCAUGGAAACACUUAACACAACAGAACCUCAUUACAUUCGUUGUGUCAAGCCAAGUUCUUUGAAUCGACCACAAAAGUUUGAGAAUACUAGUGUCAUACACCAAUUACGUUGUGGGGGUGUCCUUGAGGCUGUUAGAAUAAGUCUGGCAGGUUACCCCACUCGAAGGAUUUACUCAGAGUUUGUAGAUCGCUUUGGAUUAAUAGCUCCCGAAUUUAUGGAUGGAAGUUACGAUGAUAAAGCUGUAACUCUGAAAAUAUUGCAAAAGUUAAAGCUUGAGAAUUUUCAGUUAGGUAGGACCAAAGUAUUUCUCAGGGCCGGUCAAAUUUGCAUUUUAGACUCUAGACGUGCAGAAGUUUUGGACAAUGCUGCAAAAUGUAUUCAGCGUCAACUGCGAAUGUUUAUUGCUCGCAGGGAUUUCAUCUCAAUUCGUGCUGCUACACUUUCUCUUCAAGCAUGCUGCAGAGGUUGCAUUAGCCGAAAGAUAUAUGCUUCUAAGCGGGAGACAGCAGCAGCUAUUUCCAUCCAAAAAUACACCCGUAUGUGUUUGAUGAGACAUGCUUAUGUGAAAUUGGGUUAUUGUGCUAUUAUUGUACAAUCCAAUGUUCGUGGUUUCACAACCCGACAAAGGUUCUUGCAUAGAAAGGAGCACAAAGCUGCCACUUACGUUCAGGCCUAUUGGAGGAUGUGCAAGGUUCGAUCUGCAUUCCUAAAACAUCAAAAUUCAAUUGUAGCAAUACAAUGCCUUUGGCGAUGCAGACAAGCAAAAAGAGAGCUUCGUAGACUUAAGCAAGAGGCUAAUGAAGCUGGAGCCCUGCGUUUAGCUAAGAAUAAACUUGAGAAACAAUUGGAAGAGCUUACAUGGCGUUUGCAUCUUGAGAAAAAAAUUAGGGAGACUAAACUACCUCAGAGGCACUCAUCCUUACAUCUUUUUUGUGGUCACUGUGUAUUUUUAUGUCGCUUCUAUGUGGGAAAGAAGAAUGCUAAGCAGAACAUGAUUUCUAAUGAAGAGGUUAAGCAUGUUGAGAUUUUCAAAUUACAGCAGAUGGUGGAGGCUCUGAAUCUUGAAUUAGAUGCUGCUAAACUUGCAACAAUUAAUGAGUGCAACAGAAAUGCAGUUUUGGAAAAUCAGUUGCAGUUAUCACUAAAGGAAAAAUCUUCUUUAGAAAGAGAGCUAGUUGCAAUGGAUGAAGUGCGAAAGGAAAAUGCUCAAUUAAAGGGUUCACUGGAUGCUUUUGAAAAGAAGAGCAUGGCUUUGGAGCUUGAGCUUGUUAGUGCUCGGAAAGACCAAGACAAAACCAUUCAGAAAAUGAGGGAGUUUGAAAACAAGUGUUCUCAACUUGGGCAAGAUGUGAAAAGCCUCCAGGAAAAGCUAUUUACUUUAGAGGAUGAAAAUCAUGUGCUUCGUCAGAAAGCCUUAACUGUAUCUCCUAAGAGUAACCAUCGAGGUUUAACAAAGUCAUUUUCAGAAAAACACUCAAAUGCAAUAGCUCCCCGCACUGAGCAAAAGCCCAUAUUUGAAUCGCCCACACCUACAAAACUUAUUUCCCCUUUUACACAUGGAAGUUUCUCAGACCCUCGUAGAUCAAAACUAACGGCAGAGAGGCUCCAGGAUAACAAUGAACUCCUCUCUAGGUGUAUUAAAGAGGAUUUGGGGUUCAAAAAUGGUAAACCUCUGGCAGCUUGUAUCAUAUACAAAUGUCUUCAUCAUUGGCAUGCCUUUGAAUCUGAGCGCACGGCCAUAUUUGAUUACAUUGUGGAUGGAAUUAAUGAUGUCCUAAAGGUUAGAGAUGAUGACACUGUCUUGCCAUAUUGGCUGUCCAAUACAUCUGCACUUCUAUGCCUCUUGCAAAGGAACUUGCAUUCAAAUGGGUUUUUAACAGCCACGGCUCAACGUUACGCCAGAUCAUCUGGCUUGACCAGCCGAAUAGGACAUAAGCUGAGGUCUCCAUUGAAGCUUAUUGGAUAUGAAGAUAGUACAGUACAUGUGGAAGCAAGAUAUCCAGCUAUUCUUUUUAAACAACAGCUUACUGCUUGUGUAGAGAAGAUUUUUGGCCUUAUACGUGAUAAUUUGAAAAAGGAGCUUUCUCCACUUCUGGCAUCAUGUAUUCAGGCACCUAAAACCGGUCGGAUGCUAGGUGGAAAAUCAUCUAAAUCUCCUGGUGGGCUUCCUCUGCAAUCACCUGUUGCUCAAUGGGACAACAUCAUCAAAUUUUUGGAUUCACUCAUGAGCAGAAUGCGUGUAAAUCAUGUACCAUCCUUUUUCAUCCGCAAGCUAGUUACUCAGGUUUUUUCCUUCAUCAACAUUACACUCUUCAAUAGCCUUCUGUUGCGACGUGAAUGUUGUAAUUUCUCAAAUGGUGAAUAUGUAAAGUCUGGGCUUGCAGAACUGGAGAAAUGGAUAGUUAAUGCAAAGGAGGAGUAUGCAGGAACAUCCUGGCACGAACUGAACUAUAUAAGGCAAGCUGUUGGGUUUCUGGUAAUACAUCAGAAGAGAAAAAAAUCUUUGGAAGAAAUUCGGCAGGAUCUUUGUCCGGCAUUAACAGUGAGGCAAAUUUAUCGAAUCUGCACUAUGUACUGGGACGACAAGUAUGCAACCCAGAGUGUGUCCAACGAGGUAGUUAAUCAAAUGAGGGAAAUUGUGAGCAUGGACAAUCAGAGUUUGACAACUAAUUCUUUCUUGUUGGACGAUGAUAUGAGCAUUCCUUUUUCUGCUGAAGACAUAGAUAUGGCAAUCCCUGCUAUAAAUACUGAUGAUAUUGAUCCCCCAGCAUUUUUGUGCGAAUAUCCCUGUGCCCAGUUUCUUAUUUUACAUGAGAAAUAAUUGAUCUACACUACAAUUGGAAGAUCGUUUGAAACUCUGCUUCAAUAUGUGAUCUCUGGAAUUAAAUGAGUGCACAGCCCAGUGGGAAAUGUUUUCCCAUUCAAAUGGACAGCAACCUUAGUUGUCAUCAGAUUUAUCGGUCUCGUCACUGAUGCACUUGGUACUCAUGAUAUUAAUUACCAUUCAGAGGUGGAAGAAUGAUUCUCUUGGUUUAAUUUGUAAUUUCUCUUAUGAUUACAAUUAAACCAGCAAAACUCUAAUUAUCUAAAGAUAGGAUAACAGAAAAGUUUUUGACGUGCUGCUUCUAUUAUUAUGUAACUCAUCUUAUUUGUAUUCAUCAUUUUUGUUGUAUUCUAUGUAGAUAUGCAAUUGUAAUCAGAGCCUUGGCCAAAGAAAUUAAAUGAUGUUUCUUCAUUUAUGUAAAAAUGCUGAACUUCAGCCAUCCGUCUCACAG